GAGGAUGUUGGCAACACGGAGUCGCAGGAAGAGAAGCAGAGGGAGCCGUGGCUAUCGGAGCCUGCAGAAGGUGCCAACACGGUGAAGAGUUCCCUCACCGUGCAGGAAUAUUUUGCCAAGCGCAUGGCAAAAUUGAAGGCAUCCCAAAAUGAAACCGAAACAGAGCUAGACAGUUCUUGUCCGGCAGCAGAUGAAGCCUUAGAGCCUUCAGAAGAACUGAAAACCAAAGCCAAAAAGAAAAAGAAGAAGCAGAAGAGGGAGGAGGCGGAGAAUACAGAAAAUAAUGAGAAACCAGAAAUGAAACGCCGUAAGUUAGGUGACUUGAAUGGGGAGGAACUGGAUGCUCCCUACGAGGAAUGUCACCGAGGGAAAAAGAAGAGAAAACACAAAAAGGAGCAUGAAGGGGAAAGCAUGAGCUGUUAUGAAAAUACGGGCGGUGGAGAAAUUUAUACGGGGGUGUCUGAUGGGGAAGAGUGCCACAUAAAAGACUGUGAGGCAAAGGAAAAGAAGCGCCGUAAGAAGAAACAUAAAAGGCAAAAAGAGGAGGAAAAUGAGUGUAAAGUAGAAAUGCAGGGAAAGAAAAAGCAACGCAGCAAGCAGGUUUAG